GACUGUCACUAAUUAUUAGUCUAUGAUUAUUUUGUCUGACCAAUGACUAAAUAUUGUUCAAAACGUAGUUUAUCGGCAAUAUUUUUGUUAUAAAACUAAGAGAAAAUAACAAUUACUUUAAUUUUAAAACAAUUAUUUAAUAAUGAAUUUUUUAGAUAAUUUUGAUCCGGAGACAUCAGCUCGUGAACGUCGUAAAAUUAACAGAAAAAGUUAUUUCAAUAAUAACAAUAGCCGUAAGCAUAGAACAAUAUAUAAUGAACGUGGUUUCAUAGCUGCAACGGGUAAAGAUCUUUGUGACUGUUUAGAUGAAACAUGUCCGGGUUGUCACUUCCCAUGUCCGAAAUGCAGUUCAAAUAAAUGUGCCCUGGAAUGUAGAGUCAAUAGAAAGUGGAUGUAUGACAAGAUAGAAAUUGAAGGCAAUGAUUUUGUGAUAAAAAACAACUAUAAAAACAAGUGAAGUUCAAUCAUUGGCUAGAAGUUUAAAGAAGUAUUCCACUUCUAGUUCCCCGUCUUCUGGAAGAUCAGUGCAGUGAACAGCGUUAUGAAUGAUGUUUUUGCCAUAAAGAGCUCUUAUGCAAUCUGGAUAUAAUUGGCGACAUAAAUCCUGUAAUACAAUGAAUGAUAAGAACUCAUGAAUGGCUUGUAUUAUUUGUAUUUGCAGCCACUCAUAUCUGAAAUAUCAACAUCAUAAUCCUUGAUCAUAUUAAUGGUUGAAAGGUAAAUAACCUCAGCCAUAUUUA